AUGGCUCCAGAGUUAAGGGUCUGGGAUUCAGAACUAUCCGGCCCGGCCAUUGCUCAACAAUACGCCACACCGGAUACAGAGAAUAGAGAUAUGCAUAGUCCUAUCGAUUGCUCUCAAUCUUUGAUAACUGGCAUCACCAAGAAAACAUUGAAUCAAACGUCCAUCCAUAUUUCUCCACGCAUACCCAUACCCACAUCCAUAUUUCUUAAAACACCAGCUCUCACAACCUUCCUCAAAGGCCUCUCGCCCAAAACCAGAUCAAGGCUCUGCUGCACCAACCCACAACAGCCAUCUCAAAAUAAAGAGGAUCCGUUCCUCAUUGCUGGCUGGAAUGCGGGUUCCGCUCGGAGAGCGAUGAGUCCAAUGACGGUUUGUGAACGAACAAUGGACGAGGAUUUUUGCCGUGGUGAUAUGUGGGAGCCUACCUUAGAAGGAGAAGAUAUGGGCGAGUGGGGAACGGGAGUGGGGAACGGGGGUGAAGAGCUGGAAGGGCACAAUAACUGGGACAGGGAUGGGGACGGGGAAGCGGGGAUGGAAUCACUAGAUAGAGAACAUGUGUCAGAAGCAAAGCCACUGGAAGCCAAGACAAUGACACUUACUUAA